AUGGUGCUCGAUUACCCUAGAAUACACAGAAUGUGGCCGGACACUACGUCAAUCACCUUUUUGACAAGGGGCGACUCUGAGCAGCGCAUGAUGGCGUGGCUUGCCUCUUCACGGCACUGGCAGAGCGGCGUAGAAUCCAUGCGAAUGUUGCUUAGUCCUUGCGUUGGUAUAAUCGAGGGCAGCAAGCGGGCGACGGAGCGGGACAAAUUCAUGCGAAUGCAGCCGAAACUCCGGACGAAUAAUCGGGUACAAUUCUGCCCUAAUACGCUAAUUCGUGGUGUGCCCUCAUGCAAACUAGGUCCUAGUCAGCAUUCAUUGUACGGGCAUCCGGAUGGCGUCACGGCCGUCAUACCGGCACUUUUGGAAGAGGUAACACUAUCGCUGAUUGGACGUAUGAGUCUCGGGAGCCAGGAAGGUCCACGGGCUGAUAGCCACAGUCAGGCGGAGGGCCAUCAAAUGCCGCAAAGUCCUCAGCAAAAGCAGAUCAUGCGACGCGAAGUUAUGCCUCAGCGGGAGCAGCCCAGCCGCAGUCUGACGAAGGACGGGCGUGUCCUGUCAUACUGCCGUGAUCCUCGAUGUUUGCGUGGCGUGGAUUCAUACCAAGAUGCUUUUGUGAACGGUGACUUGCCGGAGGAGGAGGUAGACGAGCUUAACGAGUAUGCAGAGAUAACGAGUACGCAGAGACGAUAA